AAGACGAGAUUCACGCGCGCAGAUGCCAAAAUACAACGGAUUCACAGUACAAAUCAACGAAAUUAUAUUUCUAUUUUACCACUAAGAGAGAGAGAGAGAGAGAUAAUCAACUCGUGGCUGCUAACUUUACCUUCUCCUCUUCAUUUAUACACUCUAUAUAUUACAUUUCUUCUUCUUUUGAGAUUCUGCCAUUAAGCAACAUGACAUCGAAGCGAAGGUCUUCUCUUUAUUUUGGAUUGUUGGACAAAAAUCAUAGGGAAGAGAUUAUUCUAUCCAGAGGGGCCAAAUAUACAAAUCUUCAGGGCAAUAUUUUCCAAAAUAUUGGAGCAAUAAAUCAUUUAUAAACAUGGGCUAUGAAUAAAAUAAAUUGUUAAAUAUUAUUGUGUCUGAUCUUAAAAAAAAUCCUCAGCAGAGAUUUCGUUACUUUUCAAUUUCUUCUCUGGUAAUUCCUUCGCCCACCACCAGACAUCGCUCGUGCUUGACGUUUCAUCCCACCGCGCCAGUGUGGUGAGUUUCUUCAGUGAUUUUGUGCUCGUCCGGUGUAGUUUCUUGUGCAGAAAAUCCCGAAAAACCAGUGAAAAAUGUCGUGCAAAUACUAUAAGAAUUGAGAGUUCAAAUGCACCGCGCAUAAAGAUGGAUUCGUCAUCGGAGGAGUUCGAUGUGGAUCUUGAGGAUCUAGACAUUUCUGAGGAGGGUGAGAAGAAGAAGCAUUUCCUGGACUACGAUGCAAUUCCGCCGCCGGAACUGGAGGAGAUGCCCAGAGCGGGACCUUCGGGUGGUCAGCAGGGCGAAGGAGCGGCGAAGUAUCCGAGCGAGAGUGUGAAGAUGGACAAGAGAUUCGAGAGAGAUGGUGAGAUUAGUGACUAUGAGUUGGCGGCGUGUGAAUCCAUGAGGUUGCAUAGGAAAGGAAAGAGCGACGCCACGACGACGGCGGCUGUGCUGGAGGAGGCUGAGGCGGCUGUGCACACGGGCACGCGGCGGAAGAAGAGUCUGUCGACGGGUGGCGAGAGGGAGCAUCACAGUUUGGGACGCGAGCCAAUGAGUCACUUGCAUCGCAUGGCGGAGUUUGAUCAUCUGAAGUAUGAGAGGAAGCAUUCGCUGGAUCGUGAGAGGAUGAGAAAGGGUCCUGUGACGUCUUUCCUCGACACACCAUCGACUUCCUCGCAGGUUUAUCACGGCACAUGGCCAGCUGAUCGUCCGUCGGAUGUUCAUGCGGCGCUCAGCUCGUCAUCCCUGCCGCCGGGUGGUGUUUGUGAUCUGGGACCGAAGGUGGAGUGUGUCUAUUCGCUGCUCUCCAUGCUGGGAUCUCACGAUGCUGUGGAGAUGUCAUCGAAAUUCCUCGAGUUGUCUCGCUCGCCAGAGACUUGCGCCACUCUGAGGCGAUCGGGAUGCAUUGCACUGCUGGUGCAGAUGAUACAUUCGGACAGUGAUGAGGUGGCGAGGAAGAAUGCCAGUGUGGCGCUGCACAAUGUGGUUCUCUGUCAUCCGGACGACAAGGCGGGGCGGCGGGAAGUGAAAGUGUUGCGACUUAUUGAGCAUGUGAUGGAGUACUGUAACUUCCUAAAGACACUCAAGCAGUCCGGCGAAGCGGUGGCCGAUGACACGGAAAGGCACCCCAGUCAGGCGAUCAGUAGUCUCAUGAAAAUCAGCUUCGACGAGGAGCAUCGGCACGCCAUGUGUCAAUUGGGUGCACUGCAGACCAUUGCCAAUCUCGUGCAUCUCGAUCACGCGGCUCACGGAGCCAAAUCGACGGAUCCGCGCUGCAUCUCAUUGCGACGCUACGCUGGAAUGGCGCUCACGAACUUGACAUUCGGCGAUGGAAACAACAAGGCGCUGCUGUGCUCCAAUAAGGACUUCAUGAAGGCUCUGGUGGCUCAACUCGACAGCAGUGCUGAUGACUUGCUUCAGGUCACUGCCAGUGUGUUGAGGAAUCUCUCGUGGCGCGCUGAUGCCAAUAUGAUAUCUGUACUGAAUGAAAUCGGAACUGUGACUGCUCUCACGCGUGCAGCGAUGAGGAACAAGAUGGAGAACACGCUGAAGGCCAUUCUUUCAGCACUGUGGAACCUCUCAGCUCACUGCAGUGCCAACAAGGCUGAAUUCUGUGCUGUUGAUGGUGCUCUGGCCUUCCUUGUGGACAUGCUGACCUUCGAGGCGCCCAGCAAGACGCUGACAAUUGUGGAGAAUGCUGGAGGAAUUCUCAGAAAUGUGUCGAGUCACAUUGCUGUGCGGGAGGAUUAUAGGAAAAUUCUGCGACAGCGAGAUUGUCUUGGAAUUCUGCUGCAACAGCUGAAGAGUGAGAGCUUGACUGUGGUUAGCAAUGCCUGUGGAACACUGUGGAAUCUCUCGGCGCGAUGUCAGGAGGAUCAGAAGUAUCUCUGGGACAAUGGAGCCGUUCCGAUGUUGCGGAGUUUGAUUCACAGCAAGCACAAGAUGAUCUCGAAUGGUAGCAAUGCAGCGCUGAAGAACCUCUUGAACUUCCGACCCGGCGUGGUGAAUCAAAUGGCGAUGGAUUCAAUCACAAAGUCGUUGAAUCUGAAGGAAUUGCCGACGCUGAAUGUGCGAAAGCAACGAGCAUUGGAGCAGGAAUUGGAUCAGAAUUUGGAGGAGACUUGUGAGAAUUUGGAUGUGACAACGCCGCCUAAGGAGGAGAAAACUGUCCAGGAUUUUGCCAAUCUUGAGUUACUGCAUCAGAGGGAUUUUGUGCAGCGCAUCUCAAGGGGUGAGGGUGUGAAAGAGAGUGGAUCAACGCCACCAAUUGCUAAGAGAACAACUCUGCCGGAUAAGAAGCCCGUGCCGGCGGUGAGAAAGCCUGAACCGACGCCGCGACGGCAUGUUUCGCAGCAGCAAACAAUCAAAGAGCCCCAAGAUGAGGCUUCGUCGUCUUUUGGGGACUAUCAAGAGACGGAUUUGGAUCAAAUCACUGACUAUUCUCUGCGAUAUGCGGAGAAUCAGUCGGAUGUGGAGGAGAAGAAUCCAUCUUCCGUGGCGGGAUCGUAUGGGAAUGAGAUUAUUCUCAUUCUGGAGGAUUCUGUCAAGUGUUACCAGACUGAGGGCACUCCGUAUGCAAUCUCCAAUGCAGCUUCCAUGAGUGACUUGAGGCGACAACCCAAAGACGACGUGCCAACGAAGAGUGCCACAGUGUUCAGCUCGGGCAUUCACACGCCCGAGAAGCCGGUGAAUUACUGCGAAGAAGGCACUCCGGGCUGCUUCAGCCGUGAGUUUAGUCAUCAUGGAUCGCUGAGUAGUCUCGAGGGUGGCUCACCGCCCACCACAGCGGGCCAGGGUGUCGCUCAGGGUGGCGCGAAGCCCCGCGAGGGUGAUAAAAUCGAAGUCAGCGCACAGGAGGCGGACGACGUGGCCCCAAUUGUGGAGAGUGGAUCAAACAGCGCAGGAGCGGGCAGUGGAAACACCCCAAAAGCUGUCACAUUUGUCGACAAUGCACUGGAAACGCCGCUGAUGUUCUCUCGCACCAGUUCAAUUGAAUCCCUCUCGAGUGCUGAGCCAAAUUGUGCUGACGAUCGGAGUUCUGUCGUGAGUGAAUUCAGUCGACUGGCCAGCGGCAUUAUUUCUCCGUCAGAACUUCCGGAUUCGCCAACACAGAGCAUCCCUCAGUCGCCGCGGCGCACGCAGGAGGGCGCCGCGUCUCUGCCGCCGCACGUGUCCUCGGCUCCGCGCCUGAGGAGUGUCUUUGAGGAUGACACAAAUGCGUUUGGCGUGGAAAAUACACCGGCUCAAUUCUCAUGCGCCACAAGCUUGAGCAAUUUGAGUCUCGAUGAUGAACCGAAGAUUGUCACUGAUUGUCUGACGAAGGAGAUGAGAUUGAUUAGUCAUCCGAGUGAGGAGCAAGAAGAGGAGGAGGAUGAGGAGAUUAUUGCUGUUCAGACAGUGGAAAAUGCAGAGAAUCCCAAUAAUUCAGCCAAUAUUGUGUCUGAUGGCGAAGAGUCGGUCAAUGAUGAGAUGUUGCUGGCGUCGUGCAUCAAUAUGGGCAUGAAUCGGCGAGCGCCUGAAGGUGAAACGUCGGCCAAGAGUAAAAUCACGCCACCGGACAUGGUGAGGCAGUAUUGCACGGAAGAUACGCCGGCUUUUCUCUCCAAACCCGGCAGCAAUUCAGAUCUCAGUGUUCUGUCGCUGGACACAAAUCGAUGCGAAGCUGUGGCGUCAGACAGUUCGUCGGACGGUGGAAAUGAGAAUCUUCUGCAAGAGUGCAUCAGAGAUGGAAUGGGAGCGUCGAAUAUGCCGCUGAUUAAGGAGCAUCCCAUUGAGAUGCUGCGCAGUGGAUCAAUUCUGCCGCCCUACUUGCCAGUUAGGGAUGAAAUUCAGCAAUUUGCGCCGCCAGUCGAGGGCACGCCGUGCAAUUUCAGCGUCAUGUCUGGACUCUCUGACAUCACAGUGGGAUCUGGUGUGGCGGGAUUGGCCAAAAUCAAAAGGUCACCAUCUAAGGAUCAAACUGUGGGACAGAGUUCACAACAACCGCAACAGCAACAGCAGCCUUCGGGAGAUGAUUCUCUGAGUUCUCUUUCCGUGGACUCUGAAGAUGACACGAAUUUGCUGAGUCAAGCAAUCGCAGCGGGCAGCAAUGCGUCGAGACCUUCGACAUCAGCUGCCAAGGAUGAUCCGCGCAGUGGUUCGACGUUCACCGUGCAAACGGCUCUGAUAAGUGUUGCUGUGAAUUUGGAGGCAAACGAUUCCAGUUCAAUUGAAUCGUGCGAAACGAAUGACAAUCAUGCACAAUUGCUGGAGCAGUGCAUUCGCACAGGGAUGGGUCAGGAUGUGAAUAAGAAUCCGGCGAGUCAAUCGCGGACGAGAGUCACGAGUGUUACUGUGCAAUCGCCGAAGAAGUCGCAAUUGCCGCAGCUGAAGACGUCGCGGUAUGACAGGCACAAGGAGCGCGAGAAGAAGGAUGAGCAGUUGCUGAAGGAGUGCAUCAAUGUGGGAAUGGGGAAGCAGUUGCUGCCGGUGCGUCGUGAUGAGAUGCCAAAAAACGGGGAGACUACGUCUGCAGCUGUGCCGGAUUCAGUCGGUGUCCCCAGCACAGCUCCAGACGUAGAGAUGGAAUUCCGCGACGUCACAAGAGGGUCAAGAGGAAGUCAGCUCACGCCACGUGCUCAAAAGCAUACCAGAUUGACGGGGAGUCACACAAGUGGGUGUGACACGGACGUAGAUGGGGUGAUGUUUAACUUUUCGGGGGAAUUGGAGAAUCUGCUGGAGCGAUCGAAUGAGUAUCCGGCACAGAAGUUGACCAAUAUGGAUGUGAUUGAGGAUUCAAUGCAUGAAUCGUCCUUUGACAUGGAGAUUUCCAAUGAAUUCCUGAUGGAGAGCAUUGAGGCGGCGGCGGCACUUGAGAGUGGAUUGAAGGAUAAGCACAAAGAUCCGGAUUUGAUGCUCAAAUCUGUGGAUAGAUUGACACAAGUUCUUGUCUCUCAGGCGGAAUACUUGCGAUCUUCCAAUCAUGCUGAUGAUCCAUCGAGGAAAUCCUCCUCAAACAACACAUGGAGUGAAGACACUUGUCCCAAUGACGUGUCUUUUCCCAGCAUCAGCAUGACGGCACCAAUGAUUGGAUCGCUCAAUGAUGAUGACGCCACUUUCAGUGACUUCUCGAAGGGGAAGAGCAACAUUCUGCCGCCUGAGGAAGAGCCGACGCCAACGAAUGAAGUCAAGGAGUUCGUGGACAAGUGUCCAUUCACAUCUGCACCACUGUCAAAUGGCUGUGAGGAGAUUAAGAGCAUUCUGGCGCAUGCUGAUCUCGAGCAAACACUGCGCUUUGACUAUGGCGAGAGUGAAGGAUUCGCUUCGCAGCCAGACUCAAUGGACACUGACACAGAGACUGUUGUCAACUCCUUAGAGAGUGGAAUCAAUUUCCAAGUUGGUGGUGAAGUUCUUUCCAGUGUGAAUCACAAUUCACUUCCAUUCAUCUCUUCGGGACCGAUGAGUUUCGAUCCGUCGAGUUCCCUGACAAAUUCCACGAUUAUCGCCAUGGAGGCGAAGAAGAUUGUCAAUGAAUUGUCACAGUACAAUGCCAUGACGGAGAGUGCAACGAGCUUUGAUCUGGAAAAUGUCAGGCCACCGUCUGGGAUGGAUAGUUUGAGUGCUGUCUCGGGAUGCUAUGAAAUGCCACAGAGUCCGAAUUUGUCCGCCAGAGCCAGGAAACGCUCUCUGCCGCCGGGAUUGCUGGCCAGACGUGCUCUUGGUGGUCACAUCAUGACAAAUGGGAGUUUGGAGAGCAUCAAUUCCACGUGCAAUCUGGACAGUGUUGCUCCACCGUCAGCAAUGGAUGAAUUGCUGGAUUCUAUGAUCUCAGUGGCGAGUAUCACGUCAGAAGUGGCGCCGCUUCAGACGGACGCCACAUUCUCACAGUACGACACGGCUGUCAGUGAGAUGGAUGACACGCUGACAGGAGGAGGAGUGUGGCAGGAUGUGUCCAGUGAUGUCACUCCAAUUCCAUCGGACUUUAGCAGUGCGGAGUCCACGCCGAAGAAGGGCAGGAAGCUGUUGACGCCAAAGGAGAGGCGAAAAGUGCGAAAUGAUCGCUAUCGAACGUAUGUGAUCAGUGAUGGUCAGACCAGGGAUAAUGCCACGGAUGCGGAGUCCAUUGAGGAUGACACUGAGGAGGUGUUGCAAGUGGUGGAGACUGAGGCCAGUGGCAGCAAGAGAUUGCUGCGGAAGCAACGAAGGGAAGAAGAUCCGGCGCGCUUUAAGACGCACACACUCGAUUCGCCCACAAUUCCGCAGCUGAUGAAUCAGGUGAAUGGGAUGCAGAGUGAGGCUUGUGCUGUUGUGGAGGACAAUGCUGAUGCCACGAGUGUGGCAUCGAAUGAUGAUGGUGAAGAUAUGUCGUCAAUUCGUGCUCUGACAGCGCGAUUCAAGCACUUGAGUGAUCUCAAGCCGCCAGAGAGUCAGCAGAAUAACACGGAUUUGAGUAGUUUGGACUACGAACAGAAUUCAGGCACGGAAUCGUGUGAUCAGAAUGGACGAUCGGACAGUAAUGAGUCGCUGGUGAAGGGAAAGGCGAAGAUCUCGCGGACGGAGGACAGUGCUGAAGGACAGGAGGCAAAGAGUGUUCGUGGAAGGAAGAAAGUUCCCUACGUUUCACCAUAUCGACGCUCUGUUGUCUCCUCAUCCAAGUCCUCCUCGCAAUCGGCAUCGCCGACAAAGAGUGUCUCACCGGCAUCGAGUGGUGGAAUUGCCAGAACAAAUCUGGCUUCCAAGGCGACAGAUGCAAAGAAGGCCAAAACACUGCCAAGUGGCACAAAAGCGCCGGCCAAGGAGCAUCAGAGUUUGGUGGGGAAGACGUCGAAUUUCAUUAGCAAAGCCAAUUUGACGAAUAAAAUCAACUCCAUCAAGUCUGGACUGGUGCGGCCGGGAUUCAGCAGUAAGGCGGGUGUUCUGGAGAAGAACAUCAUCAAUAAGAUUAAGUCUUCCGCGCCGGCGAAGGCGGCUGAGGAGCCGACGCCGAGGGUGUUGGAGCGUCAGAGCACUUUCACGAAGGACGAGCCGCCAUCGAGCCCGAAUGUGCCGAUUGUCACGGCGGAUCCGCCACAAUCGCCCAGCAGAGUGUCCAAAUUGCCGGCCAAAGUCACGCCGAAGGCCAAGACGAGCUUCAUUGCGAAGCUGCGAACGCCGCUGCAGAAGAGCGCCACGCUGGACAUCAAUCCCGGCGGUGGAGCGACGAGAACUCAAGCGGCCAGGAGUAGACCAUCAUCUUCCUCUGGUUCUGGUGUCUACAAAUCCACAAGUUUGGCCAAUGUUCCGACAUCCAACAGCACGACGAAGAGUGCAAGAACGCCGCCGUCGCGAAGCACGACAAAUGUGGCAAUUGGAAGCAGAAUUGCGUGCUUGUGGAAGAAAUCGAAUGAUGACCAGAAAGCGCCGAAGACGCAGUCAAAGGUGGCGGGAUAAAGUGCGGAAUUUUGUUGUGAAAAUCAGGAUUUUUCUUCUUCUUUUGAAUGCGCGCGCGCGCGCGUGGGCACAAAAAUUUAAGUGAUUGUAGUGAUUUUUUGUAGCAAAAGUGCUAUUUUGUAAAAAAAAAAAAUUGUAUUUCCCCCUUAAUUUUAUCCUUAAAUGUAUUUUUCAUUUACAAUCAAAUAAGUUUAGGUGAGAAGAAGAAACGUGAAAGUAGCAAUUAUAGAUUUGUGUCAUUACAUAUAAAUGUAGAUUUAGAGGAGUGUAAGAAAGAAGAUGAGAAAGAAAAUGUGUAUCUAAGAAUAAUGUGUAAGAAAUAUAAUAUAGCUAGAAUUUAAUAAUAUUUACCUUUUAUGUUAAAAUAAUGUAGAUGAAAAAAAAAACCAAGAGUGAUGUAAAUUUUCAAAACAUCCCUUGGCAAUCACUCAAUCAUUUGAGCACUUUUGAUCGUGUGAGAUUUACAAUUUACACAUCUCGAGCGAUGAAAGUGAAUUGAAGAAAAACUACCAAUUUUUUUCUAGUCUCUUUCUCUCAAAUAUAAACCACAAUUUUAUGGCUCUAUCAAAAUGAGAUUGCAGAUGGCAUUUAUGGUAUUAAUUGGCCUUUCUUCUUGUCUCAAUUGCGCCGCGCUGAGAUGGUUGAAAAAAAAACGGAGGAAAAAUAUUUGAGACACUUUAAUAACUUCCUCAUUACGAAAUUCUUCUUAUCUCGUCUGCUUCGCGUGAGAUAUUAAACUGAGGCGCGCAUUUUGAAUUGUUCCAUCAAUUUUGUCCUGAUUUUUAUUACCUAAAUAUUAUUAUUGAAAUGCAUUUCGAAUUUAUGGAAUUUUUGUCGAUAGAAGAAAAUUUUUCAUUGGCUUUUUGUCCAACCUUUUUGUUGUUUUGUUGUGAUAAAAGAAGGGAAAAAAACAAUUUAUUUUCAAGACGAAAAGGCAAAGAUGAAUAAGAAAGAAAAAAUCACGAGUGUGUAAAAGUCAAAGUCGAAGGAGAAAUAAUUUUCAAUUCAAUGUAAUUUGGAUUUUUAGUGAGAGAGAAAAAAAAAACAUAAUAAUAAUAAUAAUAUUAAUUAUGGAAAAUUA